UUUGUGGAUCAUCAUCAUUCAUCAAUCUUCCUCCCUGCUAAAGCAACGGUUUUUCAUAUAUUGUUAGCUUUCAAUAGAAUCCAUGACCCCACAGUAGUCACAGUGUCACAUACUCUCUCUCUCUCUCUCGUGCCUCUCCAGCUGAGUGCUUGUGCUUCAAAAAUGGUCACCAAAAACCAGAACCGGCCUCCAUUAUCACUCACAUCCCCACCUCCAACUCCUUCAAAGAACUUUGUGGCUAAUGUGCUCCUCCUAGAUAAAGGGCUACAAUUUGGAGUAGAAAAAAUGGUGGGGACUCCGAUUAAUGCAAGGGAAAGGCAAGCUUUUACAGUUGUAAAUGGUGGACACGAUCUUGGACCGAGUAGUGCUCCUCCAAGCAUUGCUGGAUCGGAUUAUGGUGUAAUAGAGUUCACAAGAGAGGAUGUGGAAGCAUUGCUAAAUGAGAAGGCCAAAAGGAAGGACAGAUUUAAUUACAAGGAGAGAUGUGAAAAUAUGGUGGAUUAUGUAAAAAGGCUUAAGGUUUGCAUCAGAUGGUUCCAAGACCUUGAGAUGAGCUAUUCACUAGAGCAGGAAAAGUUAAAGAAUUCAUUGGAUAUGACCCAGCAAAAAUGCAUAGAAAUUGAGUUGCUACUUAAAAUCAAGGAAGAAGAAUUGAGUUCAAUUAUUGCGGAAAUGAGGAGGAAUUGCACUUCUUUACAAGAGAAAUUGAUGAAGGAAGAAUCAGAAAAGUCGGCUGCAGUGGAAUCUCUUGUGAAAGAGAGAGAGGCUAGGCUUCACAUUGAGAGGUCACAGACUGCUCUGUCAGAGGAUCUUGGGAGAGCUCAAAGAGAGAUCCAAAGUGCAAAUCAGAAGAUAUCGUCACUCAAUGACAUGUAUAAGCGGUUACAAGAUUACAUAACAAGCUUACAACAGUACAAUGGAAAACUUCAUACAGAGCUUUCAUCAGUUGAAGAUGAACUUAAACGUGUAGAGAAAGAGAAGGCUACUGCAGUGGAGAACCUCACCAUGUUAAGGGGUCAACUUACUUUGUCCAUUUCUUCUCAAGAAGAGGCAGUAAAACAGAAGGAUUCUUUGGCUAGUGAAGUUGCUUCUCUUAGAGGAGAGUUGCAACAAGUAAGAGAAGAUCGAGACCGCCAUUCAUCUCAAGUGCAAAAUUUAACUUGUGAAUUAGUGAAAUUUAAAGAAUCUACAGAAAACUCCUGCACUGAAUUGGACAACUUAACAUUAAAAGCAAGUGAAUUGGAGGCAAAAUGUUCUUUGAAAGAUAAUCAAAUAAAGGCAUUGCAAGAGCAGCUAGGAUCUGCGGAGAAGAAACUGCAGGUGUCUGAUAUAUCUGCAUUCGAGACAAGGACAGAAUUUGUAGGGCAACAGAAAUUUGUAGAUGAGUUACAAAGACGCUUGGCAGAUGCUGAAAAUAAACUUAUAGAAGGGGAGAGGCUGCGGAAAAAGUUACAUAAUACCAUUUUGGAAUUAAAAGGGAACAUCCGUGUAUUCUGUCGAGUGAGGCCUUUGUUGCCUGAUGAAAGUUGUAGCACAGAAGGCAAGAUUUUCAGUUAUCCAACAUCGAUGGAAGCAACUGGACGAGGCAUUGACCUAGCCCAAAAUGGCCAAAAACACUCUUUCACAUUUGAUAAAGUUUUUACACCAGAGGCAUCACAAGAAGAAGUUUUUGUAGAAAUUUCACAGCUUGUACAAAGCGCUCUUGAUGGUUAUAAGGUCUGCAUCUUUGCCUAUGGUCAGACAGGGUCAGGGAAAACCUAUACAAUGAUGGGCAGGCUUGGACAUCCAGAGGAAAAGGGCUUGAUACCUCGUUCAUUAGAACAAAUAUUUCAAACAAAGCAGUCUCAACAACCUCAAGGCUGGAAAUAUGAGAUACAGGUGUCAAUGUUGGAAAUAUACAAUGAAACCAUUCGUGAUCUGCUUUCUACAAACAAACCAUUAUCAGAUGCAACACGCCUGGAAAAUGGUACUCCUGGAAAACAGUAUACAAUCAAACAUGAUGCAAGUGGAAAUACACAAGUUUCUGAUCUUACAAUAGUGGAUGUUCAGAGUGCUAGAGAGGUUGCAUUUCUUUUAAAUCAAGCUGCAAAUAGCAGAUCUGUGGGAAAAACCCAGAUGAAUGAACAAUCAUCAAGAAGUCAUUUUGUAUUUACUCUUCGAAUAUAUGGUGUAAAUGAGAGCACUGACCAACAAGUACAAGGUGUUCUGAAUCUUAUUGAUCUUGCUGGUAGUGAGCGACUUUCAAAGAGUGGCUCAACUGGGGACCGGUUGAAAGAAACUCAAGCAAUCAACAAAAGUUUGUCAUCAUUAAGUGAUGUUAUAUUUGCCUUGGCCAAGAAGGAGGAUCAUGUUCCAUUCAGAAACACAAAGCUUACAUAUCUGCUUCAGCCUUGUCUGAGUGGGGAUUCCAAGACAUUAAUGUUUGUGAACAUGUCACCUGAUCCUUCUUCAGUUGGUGAGUCACUAUGCUCACUCAGGUUUGCAUCCAGAGUGAAUGCUUGUGAGAUUGGAACACCUCGUCGUCAGACCAAUGGACGAUCUUCAGAUUCUCGCUUGAGCUAUUUCUAAUCUUCAGAAAGAUGUAUAUUUUUUUUUUAACCAUUUAUGGCAAUCAAGUGCGUGUGUGAGUAUUACAAUAAAGUGAAAAUGAGUUUGAUUCUA